AUGAAUUGGCUUAAUUUACUUGUGAUUUGUGUUACCGGAUUUAGUCUUGUGGCAGCGGUACCAGCGUUCAAUUCAAAAAAUAACGAUAAUGAAAUAGUUGAAGUACCACAACAACCAGAAACAACAUGGUCGCGAAUUAGUCGUGAAUAUGGUAAAUGUAUGAAUACACCAGAUGCAGUUAAUUGUAUGGCUGUUAAAACUGUAACAGCCAUUCAACGUGCUGUACGGUUACCAUCAAUUGAAGUUUUACCAGGAGUGCAAUUAGUACGAAAUUCACCAAAUGGAGUACGUGACGGUAAAGCAUUAAGUGAAAAUGAGAUUGAACAAAGUUUACCAAAGUCAUUCUCUGAAAGGACAGAAAAACUUGUUGACAUGCUUUUAGAAUCAACAGCAAACUUUUUAUCAACACAUAGUAUUCAAAUUAAUGUACCUAAAGAGGCUACCGAAGAAUUAGGACGUGCUAUUGAAGAAGGUCGUAAGAAGAAAAAGAAGAAGAAGAUGAUUGGUGGUAUGAUGAUGUUAAUGGGCGCUAAACUCAUGAUGUUGAUGCCAUUGUUGUUGGUUAAAGUUAAAUUCUUAGCCAUUAAAGCCUUACUCAUCGCUAAAAUUGCCUUAAUCCUUGCAUUAAUCGGAAGCUCUAGUAGUUUAGGAAGUCUCUUUAGCGGCAAGGGAGGAAGUUCUGGAGGUAGCAACUCGGGUGGCAGUUCUGGUUGGUCUUCAUCUUAUGCCCCAAGCGGGUCAAGUGGUUGGUCUUCUGGAGGAGGUGGCGGCCCGUACGCCAGAAGAUCGAUGUCCGAUGACAUACCCAUAUUAUCCGCAGCAACACAAUCAUCACCAUCAUCCUCAGUACCACAAGUGGUAGAUGCACAUGAUUUGGCAUACUCUGCCCAAAGAUCCCUAUAGUACAAAGAUAUGGUGUGCCAAGAUUUGGUGUGAUAAUCUUUUGAGCGUUUAGAAUUUCGAC